AUGGCGGAGAGUCCAGCUAUGGAGAGCUUGAGGGCUAAGGAGGAGGCUGCGCAGGAAGUGCCCAUAGAGCAGGAAGACAGCUCGGCGCGCAUGCGCUUGCAUGUGAGCAGGAUGUGUGGUGCCGGGCAGAUGUUAGAGGUUGGGAGAGACUGCAACCUCCAUGACUUCAAAAGCCUGCUGGUUGAGAAAGGUCUGGCGCAAGAGGGGCUGGCCGUGGAUUUCAUCAUCGACGGUACACUUGUCAGCCCGGAGGGCUACAUGACAAAGCUCGCUGAGCUCAGCGCAGUGGACGACAGCCACAUUACGGUGAUCACCCGAAGAUCGCAUGACUAUGGGCAAAUCCACGAUGUCCAGCGAAGAGUGAAAUCCCAGAGGUGGCCACAAGGUGUAGUGACCACCCUCGAGGGCCAGUUGUAUGUCUGCCACUACGAGGGCUGGUUGCAGGUCUACGACCUGGAUCUCCAGCUCCAGAAGGAGGCCCACUUGGGAGAACUUGUCAGGCACCCGAGCCAAAUGGCCAUGAGCCCCGAUGGCGAGUUGGUCAUGGCUUGUGCCGGUGGCAACGUCGUUGCUGUUGACCCGGUGACCUUUGAGCACAAGUGGACCUAUCGCGGAAGUGCAAAGAGCACAGGUGUGGCCAUCUGGGGCGGAGAGAUCUUCAGGUCCCAGAUCGACUCUGGCACCGUGCAGGUCCUGGACCGUGCGACCGGGGCGGAGCUUCGGACCCUGGAGGGAUUCCAGCGCCCUUCGGGCCUCUGCGCCUUCGAUGGAGGUUUGCUCGUUGCGGAUCGAGGGGCUGAUGUCGUGUGGCUGGUCGACACCGAAGGCUCUCGCAAGGCGAUAGGUAAGGGUGAGCUGAGUCAUCCCAAUGAUGUCGCCGUGGAUUUGGCUGGGAACCUACUGGUCAUGGACACAGGUAAUGAGCGCAUCGCAGUGUUUCGUCCCGACGGCUCGGCCAUGUGCGGCAUCCUGGCUGGGACCUUCAAGGAUUUUGGCAACACCCACAGUUACAUCUCUGUCAACCCAAUCAAUGGCACGAUCUCUGUGUCGAUGGACGACGCGCACUACGUGGCCAUAUUGGCGCCGCCCAUUCACAGCGCUUGA